UGACCGUGUGUUUUUAUGUAACACGCUGGCACGCGCAAUUAAGGUUCUCCUUAUAGCAGUGUGUGUUUUAGCUCCGUGACGUUUAACACGACUUUUGUAGGAGAACUUUAAUUUAUGUCGUCUUCUUUUUUAACUAGUAGAGAAAUAAAGGGGAAAAGAUGUCGAUCCGAGAGCCGGAGCAGAACUGUGUGUCCUCAGGGGACGGAGGCGGCUUCUUUAUCCCGUCCGACAGCGAGGGGGACUGGACUGUGGACCGGCACCGGGACCGGGGGCACCACCGGGGGGACCACCGGCUCACCGGGGCGCUGGGCGGCUUGUUCAUGCCGUCCGACAACGACAGGGACUCGGACAGGGACCGGGACUCCCGCCGCCUCACCGGGGCGCUGGGCGGCUUGUUCAGAGCCGUGAGGUGCGAGUCCGAGCCCGUGAGACCCGAACACAUCAGCACGUUAGUGGGAAUCAUCGUGCACAGCUUUAGACAGAAUGACCGCUGUGUUACACACCGCGAGCAGGACGGAGAACUGGACUGUCCCGGAUGUAGCCGCUUCAUGGCGGAACCGGUCACUGCGGCGUGCGGACACUCGUAUUGUAGGAGCUGCUUACAGCAAACAUCUCUGUCUAAGUGUAAAACGUGCCGUGAGGAGAUCGGGGACAAACACGUGCUGCGUGUUAACGUGCUUCUGUGUGGACUUUUACACAAAUGGUUUCCGGAUGAAGUCCAGAAGAGCAGGAGGAUGUGUGAGGUGCAGGAGCUGCUGAGGAGUAAACAGCUCACACAGGCGGCUACGUUAGCAUCACAGCUACUACAGUCCGACCCCAGUAAUGUCAGACUGCGAGUGUGUCGUGCUGAAGUGUAUCGUUGUUUGCAGCUCUAUCAUCAUGCUCUGGAAGACCUGGACAUGUGUGUGAGCGUCGCUCCGUCUGUCGAGGUGGUGUUCUGUAAAGCUAAGCUGUUGAAGGAAAUGGGUCGAGUGGACGAGUCUGUAAAACUUUGUCUUCAGUGUCUCUGUUUGGAUCAGGACUUCCAGGAGGCCAGACAGGAAGUGGAAAACAUCCUGUGUGAUCUCCUGGUUCCAACGUGUGAGAGUGUGCAGACGCUCGAGGAGUGUUCCGAGCCCUCGGGUCUAGCCCGAGCUCAGUCUUUACGGGUUCAUGCGGUGGGUGGAGCCAGAGGGGAAGGACUGAAGAGGGUUAGCUCCGCCCCUCAGCUGGGGGAAAAGAGUGCAAUGCUGAAGAGGAAACUGUCAGGAUUGGAGGUGGGGUCUGAAGUGGUGGAAAACAGUGACACCAAACACAAAAAACAUGGAGUGGGCAGUGCAGCAUCAGUGUGUAGUGAUGAAGAUAAACUCCACCUUAGUGUACCGAGAGAUCUGCUUGACCCCAGUGACUUUGAGUGCUCACUGUGCAUGAGACUGUUCUAUGAGCCGGUGACGACGCCGUGUGGACAUUCAUUCUGUAAGAACUGCCUGCAAAGGAGUUUAGAUCACAGCCCUCAGUGUCCCCUGUGUAAAGAGAGCCUCAGGCUGUACUUGGCCUCUCGGAGGUUCUCCAUCACAAGUGUGCUUGAUGACAUGAUUAAACGUUACCUGUGUGAGGAACAUGCUGGGAGACAGAAGAUACACAAUGAUGAAACGAAAGAGCUCUCAGAUUUAGAGAAUAAUGUUCCUAUCUUCGUGUGUACGAUGGCCUACCCCACGGUCCCCUGCCCGCUGCAUGUGUUCGAGCCUCGGUACCGCCUCAUGAUCCGCCGCUGCAUGGAGACAGGAACUCGCCAGUUUGGCAUGUGCAUCAGUGACGCACACAAAGGGUUUGCAGAUUUUGGCUGCAUGCUGCACAUUCGUAAUGUGCACUUUCUCCCAGACGGACGCUCGGUGGUCGACACGUUUGGGGGGAAACGGUUCCAUGUAAUUACACGCAGCAUGAGGGACGGCUACUACAUCGCUAACAUCGAGUACCUGCAGGACCAGAGAGUGGAGGGAAAGGAGGAGCUGCAGCUGCAAGAUCUCUAUGAUCAGGUGUAUAAUCAGGCAAGUGUGUGGUUCCACAGUCUGGAGAACCGAUUCAGGAACCAAAUACUGCAGCACUUUGGGCCCAUGCCUGAGAAAGAGCUGGAUAUACAGUCCAGUCCAAAUGGUCCAGCUUGUUGUUGGUGGUUAUUAGCGGUUCUCCCAGUGGAUCCUCGUUAUCAGCUCUCGGUUCUAUCCAUGACAACACUCAGAGAACGUCUGGUUAAGAUCCAGCACAUCCUUGCGUACUUGCAGAACACUCAACAUGAGCAGAACACACAUGCACAGUGAGACACAGCGUAUGUUACCUUCUGCCCUGAUGCAGUGGUAACAUUGUGAUAUCUAAUAUUAGCACAAGACAGUAUUCUCUCACACACACACACACACACACACACAAAUACUGUGAGCGUAUGUACUGAAUGAAGCAAAUCCCAAAUGCUGAUUUUUUUUUUUGUCUAAUUUGUAAUCAAACAAAACUGAGUUUAGCUUUAAACCUUAAAACUCUGAGAAAUAAAAAUCAGACUGAAUUAGAUAGAGAUACAGAAACAUGUCAGAGCCUGAACGCGAUCAUAAUCCUGUCACCAACACCAGUUCUAAGGAGCACGCAGUCUGCUCUAGAAUUAUUGGCACCCUUGGUAGGACUUUAUUAAGUGAAUGAAAUUGAUCAAAGCGAGCUGAAGUAUAGUGGACUUUUAUUUCUUGUAGAGAUCUUACACACUGACAAUUGACUAUAUAAGGUGACCGACACACAAGCACACACACAUGUACACAAUUCUUCUACAUGAGGAAGAUGUGACUGCAGUGCCAAUACAUCUGGAGCUGAGUGUGUGGUCAGGUAUGAAGUAGUGUUAGUUUUCUGCAACUUGCUAAUAACAACAAAAAUAAUCAUCUAAUAAAACUCCAGAACUGUAUUUAUCACUACAGCUCACAACAACCUCCUGGAUGUGUGCUGAUCACAUCUUGAGUGUUAAUGUGUGUGACAUUAACACAAACUUCAUGUCCUGAGAUUAGCACCUUGUAGACACAGGAAGAGUGUUUGAUGGUUUAUAUACUGUCCGAAUGCAGAGUUUUUAAACAGACUUGAAUGGUGUUUAAUCAGCAUCGUUUCACGGACGCUGAACGUUAACGUUAAUUCCGAAACGUUCUACUUGACCGAUUUUAUCUGCUGGUAUACUGGUCAGGUCUGAUCUCUCUCUCUCUGAGUCGUCAUCAUCAUCAUCAUCAUCACGUUUCAUACCACAGAAGAAACACUGAGCUAACAGCAGUGUGAUCUCAAACAUCAACAUGACCCGGGUUCAUAAAAAAUAAAUAAAUUCAGCCUUAAUUUUAGAAGAAGAAUAGAACAGCACAUGAACACUAAAUAAAUCAUUUUUACUGUCCAGUUAAACACCACAUACAAACUGCCUUACUACAGGCCCAGAGCUUUCCUGAUAAAGCUGGAAGCAUCUGAUCUGUAAUCAGUGUGUUAGUAUAAAUCCUGAGCUUCACUUCCACCGGUUUCAUGUUUGUGCUCUAAUCUCUUUGGCAUGGAUGAGUCUGAACUCAGAGCUCAUGUGCUGAUCAUCAGUUCUCCAGCACACAGUCUGACCUGAAACACAGCUGAAAUGAACAUACACCACAAAGGGUUAAAGGCAGAGAGUAAAGAAGUCUUCCAAGCCUUAUAGAGCAGUGGGGUGGAUGAGGCACACUGGGGUAACAGACCCUUACACAACACAUCAGUUUAUUUGUCGGAAUAAAUCCUAAAAUAAAAACCCCACAAGGAAAUUUAGAAUGUUGGCAAAUCAAAACGUCCCACAUUUUCUUGUCAUGCUAUAUAUUUAAUUACGUUUAUUAAUUUUAUUUAAGGGGUCACGGUGGCUUAGUGGUUAGCAUGUUCGCCUCACACCUCCAGGGUUGGGGGUUCGAUUCCCACCUCCACCUUGUGUGUGUGGAGUUUGCAUGUUCUCCCCGUGCCUCGGGGGUUUCCUCCGGGUACUCCGGUUUCCUCCCCCGGUCCAAAGACAUGCAUGGUAGGUUGAUUGGCAUCUCUGGAAAAUUGUCCGUAGUGUGUGAUUGCGUGAGUGAAUGAGAGUGUGUGUGUGCCCUGUGAUGAGUUGGCACUCCAUCCAGGGUGUAUCCUGCCUUGAUGCCCGAUGACGCCUGAGAUAGGCACAGGCUCCCCGUGACCCGAGGUAGUUCGGAUAAGCGGUAGGAAAUGAGUGAGUGAUGAGAAUUUUAAUUACUAGUCGUAACAUUAUUAAUUGUUAUAUAAGCGUAAUAAUCAUUUAAGAUCUUUACUGUAAAUCUGAAUACAGAGGUUUUUUUUUAAACUGGUAGUAAAUUUGGUGCGUCUCUCGUGUACAAUGUGACUCUGAACUAAAGAGAGGUUUGGAUUUUGUAGCUGAAACAUUAUCUAGUUAGGUUGCUACGAGAGCUGUGUAUCAGUGUGUCUGCUCAGAGGACAGACUUCCACAUCCAACUCUUCUCAUCUCGUGGUGUUUGUUAGUGUUCUCAUUCGUACGUGAGAGGAACGUGAGCUCGUUUCAGCGACAAGCCAAAAAUCCACAAUAAACAAACAGCUGGAACAAAACAGAAGCUACACUUUGGUCCGAGGCUUCGGUCGUUCUGGAUGUUCAUGUUGUUCUGAGUGCAAGUUUGUGGUGAUGAGAUCAGAGCAGGAGAGCAGGACUGUUGUGCUGAAGAAGAGUUUGCGUAUUUUCCACACCGUGCAGAUGCACUAACACUUUUUGCCUUAUUAAAACCAUUUAGCAUCAUUUU